CCUACUCCUCCUUCAUAACCCAAACAACAAACAAGAACAGAGCACAGAUCAAUUACCCAAUUUUCUAAUUGUUUAAACCAUGUCCGGCCCUGGCGAUUGGCUUCAAUUUUACCAUCAAAAUCUUACUACCACGGCGGCGCCACCGCCUUCCGAUCAAUCCACCUCCGAGAUGGUCUUCGUCGAUCGAGUUUCCGACGCCAUCGCCUCCGCAAACACCGGCGCUUCCACUGGCUUGAAUCCGGAACGUCGUGUAGCGAAGCCGGUUCGCCGCCGGUCCAGGACGUCUCGGCGGACUCCGACGACCUUGCUCAAUACAGACACAACUAAUUUCAGAGCGAUGGUUCAACAAUUCACCGGCGGUCCAACUCCGCCUUUCGCCUCAUCGAUUUCCCCCAAUUUUUCGUUAGGGUUCGGCGCGAUUCCUCAAUCGAAUUCCGGCUUGAUUUCUCCGCCGUCUGGUUAUCCACUGCAGUUUUACCAUCACAACCCCCAACCGUUCAUGAUUCCAGCAUCCGCACACGGCGGCGAAUUUCUUCAGAGGCUAUCCGCCGCGAAGCCAGGAAAUGGCGGAGUCGCCGCAGACGGAUUUCUGAUGGAAAAUGCAAUUUCUUCUCAAAUUCCUCCAGCCGGAGCUUCUGCAGAUUCCUCCAACAAGAGCAACGCCGGUAGUGGCGGCGGCUUUCUGUUCUGACGACGGGGAAAGAAUUCCAGCGCCGGCGCCGAUGAUGGACCUGAGUAAUUUUGGGCUAUGUAGAAAAUUUCAGGGCACUCAUUGGCAACGACAAGGUGAAGUGAAGAAGAAGAAGUCCUUUCAUUUUUAUUUUUUUAAUAUAUAUAUUUUUUAAUUUUCCUUAGGAUUUUAUUAUAAUUUUAUUG